AUGGAGAAGCUCGAGAAGAAAACUCUCAAGACGCAGGUGCUUAGCAAAUAUGGUUCUGAUUUAACUAAAAUGGCAGAAGAGGGUAAGCUGGACCUUCUUAUUGGAAGGGAAAAGCAAGUAGAACGAGUCAUGCAGAUACUUUGCAAAAGAAGAAAAAAUAACCCUUGUCUCAUUGGUGAUCCUGGUGUUGGAAAGACUGUUGUUGUUGAAGGGCUUGCAUCAAAGAUUGUUAAAGCCACUGUUCCUCUUAAACUUCAGGGAAAGAAAGUGUUUGCUCUAGACAUGGGGCGUCUGAUUUCCGGUGCCUCGAAUCGGGGAGAUUUUGAGGAAAGGCUAAUGGAGGUGGUGGAUGAAGUGAAGGAAGCUGAUGGAGCAAUAAUUCUCUUCAUUGAUGAAUUGCAUAGUAUUGUAGGAGUUGGUGCAGGUGGUCAAGCUUUAGAUGCUGCAAAUAUAUUGAAACCAGCCCUUGCAAGAGGCGAAUUGAAGUGCAUUGGGGCAACUACGCUUCAGGAAUACAGAAAGUACAUAGAGAAAGAUGGAGCAUUGAAGAGACGCUUCCAGGCUGUGGAUGUUCCCGAGCCCUCCGUUGAGGAAGCAAUUGAAAUACUAAGAGGGCUAUGCCAAAAAUAUGAAGAACAUCAUAGUGUCAAAUAUAAAGACGAGGCUUUAGUUGCUGCUGUUUCAUUAUCAAAGCAAUACAUAAGUGAUGUUUUUCUCCCUGACAAGGCAAUAGAUCUGAUUGAUGAAGCUGGUGCAAGGUUUCAACUUCAACAAGUAAAACAUGCAUCACCUCGAAAGAAAUGGGUAGUGACCAAAAGGAACAUAGAGCAAGUGGUCUCAAUGUGGACUGGCAUUCCAGUAGAGAAAGUGACUCUUCAAGAAGCCCACAGGCUUCUUAACAUGGAGCAAAAACUUCAUGAACACAUUAUAGGACAGCAUGAAGCUGUUCAAGCUGUAAGCAGAGCCAUUAAACGAGCUAGAGUUGGUGUAAGAGACCCAAAUAAACCAGUUGCUAGCUUCUUAUUUACUGGUCCUACAGGGGUAGGCAAAACUGAAUUGGCUAAAGCAUUAGCCUUGGAAUAUUUUGGCUCAAAAGAAGCAUUGAUAAGAUUGGACAUGAGUGAAUAUAUGGAAAGACAUGCCACAUCUAGGCUUUUCGGCUCACCUCCAGGAUAUGUAGGCUAUGACGAGGGUGGCCAGCUGACAGAAGCUGUUCGCAGGCGAGCUCACGCUGUGAUUCUCUUUGAUGAGAUUGAGAAGGCUCAUGGAGAUGUCUUCAAUACCUUGCUUCAAGUAUUAGAUGAUGGUAUAAUGACAGAUGGUAAAGGGCAUAAGGUAGAUUUCAAGAAUACUAUAAUCAUUUUAACUUCUAAUAAAGGAGGUAGCAGUGUAGCUCUCCAAAGAUUACUUGGAUUCGAGCAAGUGAAGCAAUUAGUAGCUGAGGAGCUAAAGCAGAAUUUCAGGCCCGAGUUCUUGAAUAGAAUAGACGAAGUGGUAGUGUUUCAGCAGCUAACGAAGUCCCAGCUGAAAGAGAUUGUUGAGAUUAUGCUGAAAGAAGUAUAUAAAAGGCUGAUCAAGGCCAAGAACGUAAAGCUUCAGGUGACUGAUAGAUUGAAGGAGAAGGUGAUUGAAGAAGGUGAAAAUCCUAGUUAUGGAGCUAGGCCAUUGAAGAGGGCGAUUGUGAGGAUUGUGGAAGACAAUUUGGCUGAUGGGAUGUUGAAUGGAGCAAUAAAAGAAGGCGAUUUAGUCUACAUGGAUAUUGAUGACUUGGGAAGAGUAAUUAUGUUCUAGUAGUUCUUAAAGAAAAGCUUAAACAAAACUCUAUAGCUUC